AUGACGGCCGCUCCAAACGCAGUUGAACGAAAGGCUUGCUGGGAUGCCAGAGAUUUACUUUGGAAAUGUCUGGAUGACAACGACGACAAAGCUGCCUCCUGUCAGAGUUUCCAAAAAGAUUUUGAGGCAAAAUGCCCACUACAGUGGGUCAAGUAUUUCAGCAAAAGGAGAGACUACUUGAAAUACAAAGAGAAGAUGGAAACAGAGGGAUUCGCACCUAAUGAGGGCCCCAAACAGCCCUCCUAA